CACGAUCCUUUCUGUUGCUAUCAAUUCCCAUUCUGCUCUCCCGACAGUCUGAAGUCCAUGUAGCCUGCCCGUGAUGCACGGCGAUCUGGGCACCAAACUUGCCCAACACGCCAAACGCACCCUCACCUUGCCCAUCCUCCCACCCUAUCAAACCGAACUCGUACGCUCCUGCGUGCGCGAAACGCGCGACCUCGACCGCGACGUGUCUCGACUCCUCGAACCGUACACGCAAACCGUCACGACGACCGAUGAGAAUGGCAACCCGGCGCAACAAUCUCAAUCCACGUUCAACCCGGCCGAACACUCAGCCACCGCCUGCGCGCUCUUAGUCGACCAUCUCAGCAUGCGGAGGAACAAGAGGUGCUUACUAGCCUACCACCGCGUCAGAGCCGAGAGACUUGAAGCACUCGCCUGGGAAGGACGGGAUAUCGACGACAACAACCACCCUAGCACCGGCACCGGCACCGCAACAACAGAUCCCACCCCCGCCGGCAGCACGGCGACCCAGAAUUCACUAAGUCCCGAAGAAGAGUCAUACUACCGCAAGUACACGGACCUAUUGGCGCAGUAUAAAGGUCAUUGGACGGACAUCGACUUGACCGGCAGUCUGGACCCGCCGCGAGAUUUGUUCAUUGAUGUGCGCGUGCUGCGGGACGCCGGAGAAAUUCAGACGGAGUAUGGGGCCAUUAAUCUCACGAAGAACUCCCAAUUCUAUGUCAGGCAUGGCGACGUGGAGCGGUUGAUACAGAUGGGGUUUCUGCAGCGGUUGAGUUGACAACGCCGAAGAUGCAGAGGCGUGACUGGGUCUAGCCGUGUCAAAGAAUUGGAUGUCAUGUGUCUAAGAGGGCAUGAGUUCGGUGACCCACGAAAGUAAUGAGGCAUGAAGACAAUAUGUUACCAAUGUCAGAAGUCAUUGUUUCUUGCAAUUGCUCUGGUGAGGCUAUCUAGUUGCUGGGAGGGAUAAAAGCUCGUAAGACAUCAUGUCUAUUGUGUCCGAGUCGAACAGUCAAAUCCGGAGAUGUAUGUGUGCAGAAGUAAAGGAAUAGUCCCAGCUAAU